CAGAAACAGCAAAAGCACUGUAAACUUAUCCAUCGUUUUCGACAUCUUUCCCUCUGGAGUUUAGACGAUUUAUAUGGGCUAACUUGACUUGCAUUGUGUUUUGUGCAUAAUAGGGAAUCGUUAAACAUGGGUUUUUUUAUAAAUAUGCACGUUUGAAAGUCGCUGUAUUAUAUCUGCAGUUGCUGAUUGGGUUUGAGAGAGUGAAGUCUCCUGCUUUUCGCACACCAUGAAGUGCCAUUAUGAAGUUCUACAGAUUGCUAAAGAUGCAUCCGUGGAAGAGAUCAAGAAAGCACGGGAUCGUCUGGCCAGACAGUAUCAUCCGGAUAAAGCUUAUCAGUUGAGCGAUCCAUCUCUUAUAGCGGACUUCACGGCGACAUUCCGUCUCAUCCAGCAGGCAUACGAAGUGUUAAGUGACACACACGAAAGAGCAUGGUACGACAGCCACCGGGAACAGAUUCUCAACGGGAAGGGCUCUGUUCAGCAAGAUGUGGAAAUUUUCUCCUUUUUCAACACGUCCUGCUACAGCGGAUUUGCGGAUGAUGACAAGGGAUUUUUUACGGUUUAUAGAAAUCUGUUUGAGAAGAUCAGUGAAGAGGAUAAGCGGCUAGCGGAAGACGCCAAAGAAGAGCUUGAAGUGCCGGCUUUCGGAACAUCGACAAGUUCUUAUGAGGAGUUUGUGAAUCCUUUUUACGGGUUUUGGCAAAGUUAUUCCACCAAACGGCCAUUUUAUUCGCUGGACAAAUGGGAUCUUCGCCAGGCUGAGAAUCGACGUGUAUCACGAGCGAUGGAAAAAGAGAACAAGAAACUCCGCGAUGCCGCCAAGAAAGAAUGGAAUGAUUCAGUAAGGGAGCUGGUUGGUUUUGUCCGGAAACGAGAUCCGCGUGUGAAAGCCUACCGUAAACUGUUAGAAGAAAAAGCAGCCGAAAACCAGAGAAAAGCCAAGGAAAUUCAAGAGCAGCACUUGCGAAAGCGCCAGGAAUUUCUGGCCUCUACUAAAAAUCACGAUUCCGCUGAUAUGGAAAAGAGGUACCGGGAGCUGGAGAAUUCGUUGGGUGGACACUCAACCGAUGAAGGAAAUGAGACUGAAGAAAUAGUGAUUGAAGAUGAUGUGGAAAUUGAGGAUGAAGAUCCGUUAUACUGCAUCAGUUGUGAUAAAAGAUUUAAGAGUUUCCCAGCUAUGCGAAACCACAUCAAAUCCAAUAUGCACAAAAGAAAUAUGGAACUGUUGCGAAGUGAAUUAGAACAGGAUGAGGAAACGGGACUUACCGAUUUGACUGAUCAAAUAGAUAAUUUAAGUGUCACGGAGAUUCCUGAACCAGAAAUCGUCGCUUCCGAAUCGGAUGUUAAAAUGUCUUCCCCUCACGCUUCAGAAUCUGGGAGUCAAAGUGUCAGUGUGGAAACCAAGUCACUUUCUGACCAUAGUGAAGCAUCAGGAAAGAGGAAGGUCACAUUUGGGAAAAGCGAAGUGAAACAUUUAGACGAUUUGGAUGCAUCAGAAUCUGUCAUUUUGGCAGAAGACCCGGUUAAUACCGUCCAUGUUGAAGAAUAUCAGAGUCGAAAUAAAGCGAAAAAAGAUAAGAAGGCUAAAAAAGCUCAGCAAAAAGUGCAAGAACUUGGUUUACGAUGUGGUGUAUGUAAGGAUGUUUUUGAUACAAGAAACAAACUGUUUCAACAUAUUAAAGAUAAAGGACAUGCUGUUUUAAAAUGAAUUGUGUCAUACUUUCUGCUCGCAGUUUUGUCAUCAGGUGCAAAACUCUAAAUUCGCAAGUUUGCUGACUGUGUUUGAAUUUUUAUUCUGUUCUCAACAUACCGGAAUAUAAUCAACCAUUCUAAAAACAAAACCAAUAAACUGGCA